AUGGCAGACCACACGAUACAUGCCAUCAUCGACUACGAGGAUGCCUAUGUCCAGCCGUUACUACUAUCUGCUAUUCGGGCAAGACUACCAGCAGAGCUGCUGAUUCUCAUCAAGGAUCUCUCACAGCUGCCAUCCCCGGCUGACAGACUCUUGCAAUGGCGGCAAUACGAAAGCAUAGACUUCGACCACCUCAUUGAGAACUCUACAACAAGUCUGGCGAAUAGCUAUGUGAUCAGGAAGGCUCUUAUCAGGAAGCACUACUUGUCAACGACAAUUUCGCAUUGGCUGACUAAGCAUGCCAACAGCUUGCUGAAAGAUCACGUCAAGCCCAGUGUCGAGUUCGAAGUGGAUUAUGCGGAGUUUCUGGAUGAUGCCUUAGUCGAGGCCUUCGAGUUGAAGGAGAGUUGGACUAGGAAUGAAGCUCUCGACGAAGACUCCGACCAGAGGGAAUGGUGGAUACUGAAACCUGGCAUGAGUGACCGCGGUCAAGGGAUCAGACUCUUCAGUUCUGAGGAAGAACUCCAAACCAUCUUCGAGGAAUGGGAUCCACCAUCCGACGAUGAAGACGACGAUGCUACCUCUCAGCAAGACAUGAACCCCUCCACGACUGACAAAGACGAAGGCAACGGCGUAAUAACCUCCCAACUCCGCCACUUCGUCGCACAACCCUACAUCUCCAACCCUCUCCUCUUACCACAACCCCACCCCUCAGCAGGUCGAAAGUUCCACAUCCGCACCUACGUCCUCGCCGUAGGCGCGCUGCAAGUCUACGUAAGCAAACCAAUGCUCGCCCUCUUCGCCGGACAACCCUACACCCUUCCAUCCUCAGUCUCAGCACCAAACGACGACCUCUCAGCACAUUUGACAAAUACAUGUCUCCAAACCGGCGAGCGCGAAGGCAGUGUCCACGCCUUCUGGUCCCUUCCCUCUCAUAUCGAAGGCAUCGACAGCAAAGACUGGCGAGAAGACGUCUUCCAACAAAUCUGCUCCAUCACCGGCGAAGUCUUCGAAGCUGCUGCGAGGAGUAUGGGGAUCCAUUUCCAGCCUUUGCCAAAUGCGUUUGAGAUUUUUGGGCUGGAUUUCAUGGUUGAUGCGAAAGGGACAACGUGGAUGCUUGAAGUGAAUGCGUUUCCGGACUUUGCGCAGACGGGUGGGGAGUUGAAGGAUUUGGUGCUGGAUCUGAUGGGGGAUGUGGUGGAGGUGGGCGUGAAGCCGUUUUUUGGGGUGGAGGGGGAUGUUUCUACGACGAAGAUGGAGAGGGUUUUGGAUAUUGACCUUGGGAGGCGAUGA